UUUAAAAAUUUAUAUUAACCCGUCACCGUCUGAUGUAAAUAAUUCGAACGGUUUAUGUGGAAAUCUCGAUGGAAAUGAGGAAAGUGUAAAUAAUGCAUAUUUCGAAAAAUGGAAAUUGCAAAACAGUUUGUUCAACACGGUGCGGUACAAUCUUCCAUCAACAUUGACAUACGAUCAUAAAAUUUGCCUAUGCCCAAAAGCUUUCAUAAAUGCAACUUUGCCGGCAUUACAGAAUGAUCAUUCCACGGCAAUAUGUUUCUCUCAGCAGUACGCUGCGUGUACAGAAAAUAUUCAACUUGCAGGAGAAAAGAAAACUUGCUCAUUAAAAUACAAGAGGUCUUUAGAAAGGCAUAGAAGAAAUGUCGACAGGUUGCUUGUCCAGUCAUUAUCAAGUGAGAAUUCAAAUAACCGUGUUCGCAAGAGUACUUCCAAUGCUCAUCUCACUGAAGAACAAGCAUACAAAGAAUGUCUGGAUCUAUUCAAAUCAAAGCCUACAUACAACAUGAUAAAUGAUCUACCUGGCAUGUUUUUGAAUGACUCAUUAUCAGCAUGUGUAAAUGAUAUGAUGGUUGACGGUCGGGAUUUCUGGAAAGAGGAAAGUUAUAACAGUUGGGUUAAUGUUGUUACUCAGGAGAUAGGUCGAAACGGAACAUUCAGAAACGAGAAAUCCGAGAUUGUCAGACAUUUUAAAAGUCUCACAUGUCCAUCGCAAUGUAACGGUAAUGGGAACUGCAUAAAUGGAACAUGUGUAUGCAAAGACGAUUACGUUGGCGAUUCUUGUUUUGUAAAAACAUCAGCACUUCUAGAACUUACUGAUAUAGAAGGUGGAGGUGAAUGCGAUCUUGCUGACGGAGAUGACUGUCAUGAUUGUCUUCAGUUCCACACUGAGAACCUCUUGAAAGUGUUCAAGUGCAGGAUUGUUACAGUUGAUCUUGAUGUUAACAGAACGGUUAUCAAUUCUGAUGUCCACGAUCAUAACGGACAAUAUGAGAGUAUGUUUCAUGGAUACUGUUGUCCCUCGGCUGUAGAGAAAAGAAGAAAGAAAAGAGAUGUUAACUCUAAUACGUUUACUGUUAGAUACUCUGUAUCUAUUAGCAACGAUGGGAUACACUACGGCCCAAGUAGAAAUGUUCAUGUCUUCGAUUCGACAUGUCAAUCAUACGUCAUGAUGCCAACAGGCGACUUGCUUUUCAAUUUGAAGACAGACACAUGUUAUAUAGAGAGUCAGUGUUACAGGGACGGCGACCGAAGUCUAGAGAGUCCAAUUCUCAUUUGCUGCCCAUAUGUUACUAGCUACCAGUGGACAAAGCAGCAAGAUUGUGUAAAACCAACCAGCAAUCAGGAAAACGGUGGUGAAAGUAGCAAGCUUAUUAUAGCAGUGUCUGUAUCAGUGUCAUUGAUAUUGAUUGUUGCCGGGGUUGUGGCAUUUGUCAUCUGGACCUUCGUAAUUAAAAAGCGGACCAAGUCUAUGCAUACAACAAGGGCAGAACCUCCUGUCUAUAUCAAUUCGGGUUUCAGCGCAGCGCAGUGAGAAUUUGAAAAAGGAGGAAAGGCAGUGUUUUAACCUUUACUACCGAUUUUAGCGAUUACGAGCAGCUACGUGUCAAUAAACACCAAAACGAAGAAUAUCGAAUAACGUAGCACAAAUUAGUAUGAUGAAAAAUGGAUUAUUUAUUCUACCCGCUUCCUUGAACAUGACCGUUAUAAUGUGUGUAAUAUUUCCUAUUACUUAUGAUUCAUUCAAACUGUAUCAAAAUAAGUGAUCAUAUCGAAUUUCUAAUUUAUAAAAUCUGUAAACUAAAUGUGCGUUGAUUUCUUUUCAUGUAAUUUUCGUUUAAAUGACAAAAUUUUUAUGUUUCUAAUAAAUGUAUACGUCUAAUGUAAGUGACACUUUUGUGUGAGACAAGGACUUAGUUAAGACAUUUUACAGUUUUCUGUACUGAUAAUGUGUAUGUGUGCGUACAUGCGCGCGUCCGUGCGUUUGUGUGUGUGUGUGUGUGUCUGUGCGCUCGCGAUACAGCACUGCAGAAAGAUUAUGUCUUUCUAUCUUUCCUUCUCUUAAUGAAUGACGUUUUUAUAUAAACAUAUCUUAUUGCUUUUUUUGCUCACGGGGAAAACAGUAUAUUUUCAUAAUAUUCAUUCAUCAGGUUUUAUGCACACGUAUGAUUCAUAAAUGUUGUAAUUUAACAAAAUUUUAUUGUACAUGUAGUAUCAAACAUUAUUAUUUUAAACACAAGUCUUUGUAAUGAAGAAAAAAUAUAAAAAAAACAAAGAUAACUUAUACAUCAGUUCAUAUAAAAUGUAUCUUUAAUAAAACAA